CGUUAAUCGUUGUGGGGACCCUCCAUGCAGACCCUCAUCUUGUCCCGCGGGAUGCACUAGGGGAUAUCAGGUGUCCCGCCGGGGUGCACUCUGGGAAGGCAAGAUGGCGGCACAUCUGAAAAAACGAGCCUACGAAGAAUUCAGCCACGUUAUUCAGGAGGAGAUCAAACCUCCUAAGAAGCUCAAGCUUGCCAGGAAACCAUCUCCAGAAGAAGUCUUGGACCUCAGCACAGCCAAGACCCCCCAGGCCGCUGUCCAGCUGCUGUUGAAGUUCUCAAACAACCUGCCUGAUGAGUCAGGUGCUGUGGAAGGUGCAGUCAGACAUCUGUUGGAGUUCUGGUACAAGGAGAAGGAGUCGUAUGUACGUAGCAAGAUUGCCCAGCUGUUGGGGAGACUUGCCCACACGCCAGGGUUUGCAGCAGCCGCUCUUGUGGACGACCUCACAUCGCUCUUACAGGCCGAAGAUUCCCACCAGGUGCGAGCCCAGUUGCUAGACUCCCUGCUACAGAUCGGGCGUGGUCUCCCCCUACACCAAGACCUGCACAGGAAACUGGUGGCCAUAGCACAACAGUUCUUAGCAGACACGUACCAUCUUGUCCGCUCUAAAUGCCUGGAGCUGAUUGGCUGCCUGGGUACAGCAGGGGUUGCUGGGAAGGGAGACCUGGCAGUAGAGAGGAUCCUGGCGGAUGCGUCACAUGACCAGGACCCCAGGGUCAGAACCAGCGCACUGCAAGCGAUGUUGACCCUACACCAGCGAGGGCUGAAGCUGAGCCUAGGCGGGUACCAGCAGUCCUGUGCUGCUCUGACUGAUGACUACGAGGGGGUCAGACUGGCUGCAGUCAAACUCAUCUGGGUCUACAGUCAGCUAUAUCCAGAAACAAUGAUCCCUGUCCCCUCCUCCAAUGAGGAGCUGCGUCUUGUGGAUGAUGGGUUUGCAAAGAUCUGUAACAUGGUGAAUGACCUGACUAUGACAGUGAGAGCAGAGGCCGCUGGACUACUGGGUUCACUACACAGAGUCAGUGCUCGGUUCCUGGAACAGACUCUGGACAAAAAGCUCAUGUCUCAUCUUAGGAGGAAAAGAACAGCUCACGAGCGAGCGAAGGAAAUGUACGCGCGCGGGGAGUGGUCCACGGGGAAGAAAUGGGGAGACGACGCCCCAAAGGAAGAGCUGGACACGGACUCCAUCAGUUUGAUUGACAGCGGAGCCUGCGGGGCCUUCGUUCAUGGCUUAGAGGACGAGUUCUUAGAGGUUCGCAGUGCGUCUGUUGACUCCCUUUGCGAACUUGCCUCCAACAACCCGACCUUUGCUCAGCAGAGCCUGGACUUCCUGGUGGACAUGUUUAACGAUGAGAUCGAGGGCGUGAGACUCAACUCCAUCCGCUCCCUGCGCAAGAUCUGUCGCCAUGUCGUGUUACGGGAGGACCAGUUGGAUACAGUUUUGGGAGCACUCGAUGAUGCGUCUAAACCAAUCCGUGAGGCCCUUCACGAGUUGCUGUGCAGUUGUCAGCAGCUGUCCAAGGCCUGUCUGAACAGCACCAUCCACGCCAUGCUGCGUAACCUCAGCAAGUACCCUUCAGACAGGCUGUCUAUAUGGAGGUGCAUGCAGCAGGUGGGCAGCCAUCAUGCUGACCUUGUGGCGACCUUGACCCCUGAACUCCUGUGUGCACACCCGUACUUCGAUGCCACAGAACCUGACAUGGAUGAUCCAGCAUACAUAGCUAUCCUGAUCCUGGUGUUUAACGCAGCAGUGUCCUGCCCCACCCUACAGCCCAUGUUCCCAGAACACACACUCAGGCACUACGACUACCUUAGAGACAGCCUGACAGAACUGGUGCCACAACUCAAGUUGGAAGGCCAUCGUUCCCUGAUGAUGAGUCCUGAGCGACAGCGGCGCCCGAGCCUGGACGACCACGGGAGUUUCCUGCAGCACAUCCUGAGCCGCCUGGGGGCACUGCCGAACAUGCAGCAUACUGCAGCUGUGGGACUUCUGCAGAUGACAAUAAGAGACUUGGAAAGAGUGGGGAGUUUAGAGCCCCAACUCGCUGCUACGGCUGCCUGCACUGCCAUGUACCUACACUGUCACAUGCUGUUCCGCAAGGCACUGUCAGACCAGCUGUGGGCCAUGCCUGCAGCACUAGGUGCAGUACAGUGUGCGACAGUCAGGGCAUCAGUCAGACAGAUGUUGGAGUUGACCCAUCAGAUGGAGCAGUUGUUCCUGGGUCUGAGUUCAGAAGAGGUGGGGUGUGUCCUGCAGAUGAGACUGAAGGCUCACACACUACAGCUGCUGGUGGACUUACGGGGGAGACAAGCAGGAGCUAAAGGGACUAAGACCUCCUCACAGCUGUGUGAGUUGUAUCUGCAGAGAGUGACUGAAGUACAGAGUUAUCUGAACAGUAAGAAGGUGCAAGCAGACCCCUUCACACAGGCCCUGAUGGCUGAGAUGUCCAUGUUAGAGUCCAGUAAAGCCUCCCUCAUUGCAAAGUACCUCCUACCACUCAUUCAGGGUCAUAUCCCCCCAGCUAUGGAGAUAGGGAACUGUGUGCGGCAGGCGCGAGCAGACAUCGUAGAGCCGUCCGGAGAGUCCGAUAACGUCCAGCGGUUCACCGCCGGGCUGGCACUGGCGAUAGAUGUGGACGCCACACUGGAUAAUGUGACUCAGGCACAAGAUGUGCUCAUACAACUGAAGUUCCCAGAUGGCCAGACCCAGCUCACCAGUGUGAGACCUGCCGACAUCCACAGACUGGGUCCCCUCCGUCACCGCGUGCUGACACAAGUUUACCUGUCUCACCAACAAUGGACAGAGCCAUGCCAUGUGGAGCUGGGAAUGGUACUGCCCUACUCUGGGGGAGACCAAGAGGACGAGGAGGAGGGGGGAGCAGCAUCCAAUGUGAUCCCUCUCUGUAAACCUGUCAAAGUUUAUAUCCUACCCACCCCCACCAAGAGAUGAGGUGGUAUUGUCCAGAUGUUGUACAGAUGUAUAAUGACAAACUCUCCAUAUAACUAUGUACAGUGACUAUUUACAUAGGAAGAAGAUGGACUGAAAGUUGACUUAUUCAUUUAUAAACUUCCCCUGUCAGGGCUCGAAAUACUUUUUUCUGCAUACCUGCACCGGUGCAGGUAACAUUCAAAAUUACCUGCACCAGACAUUUUACCUACACCAAUUUGAAUUUAGGAAGUAUGGAUCAUACUGAAAUUGUUCAGGAACCAUUGCUACUUUUUUCUUAAUACUUUGUAGGUGGUAACAUACAGCUAAUAACAAUCCACAUACACCUACAUUAUAGGACAUUUAUGUAUAAAACCCAGUACAUGGACCAGUGCAGGUUAGGUGCAGGUAGACACCAGAAAUACCUGCACAGCUCCAAUUUUACCUGCACUUACCUGCAUAUGCUGGUGGUA